GAACUGCUGGCGAAUAUUUACCUGUUUAUCUGCCUUUAAUCUGCCUCUCGCAUACCUAUCGUGCUUGGACUGGAGGUUCACUGUAAUAAACUGGGACGAUCGAACUAAUAGAUCCUUUGUAACAGCUACUUCAGAGCCUUCAUGGAAGUAUCGAGUGAACCUCGCGCAUCAUCCCUCCCUACUCUCGUUGUCACACCUGUCCCUGUCAAUCAUACGAGUCGGAAGCGCAAACAUGCUCCUAUCUCAGGCGGCGCUGCACCAUCUCCUGCGCCUUCUGAUCCCGGCGCAACACCCACACCUUCCGUAGAAAAUGUGGUCCUGCCUCGGCAUCUCGAUCUCUCGACGCGUCCACGGCUCACCAUUUCUCGGCACCCGCAAUUUAUACCUGAGUCCCCUGAGUCCCCAUACUAUAACACAGAACCGCUCUGCAUGAACCGCCUGAACUUCCGCUAUACCCCUGCAGGGCUGUCUCCUAUCGGCUCUGUGCUUCCAUUCACAACCAUCGAGGCUGCGCCCACCUGUUUUCGCGUCUCAUGGGAGGACAGAAGCACGUUCAUCAAGGUCACACUGGAUGGGCUCGGGUUGAAGGGAGAGAAGGGGUUCAGGAGCGCACGCUGUAAUGCCCCAGUGCGCGAGGGAAAGUGGUACAUGGAGGUCAAAAUCGAGCAGGGAGGAGGGGAGAAACCUCCAGAUAGCCAGAGGUUGGAAGGAAGCUAUGUCCGGCUUGGUUGGGCGCGACGAGAGGCACCUCUGAAUGGUCCGGCAGGUCUGGAUGGAUACAGUUACUCCUACCGAGACAAGACUGGUGACAAGGUGCACCUAUCCCGUCCCCGCCCCUAUGGCAAGCCAUUCAAGUCUGGCGACGUGAUCGGAAUGUACAUAUCACUCCCAUCGCCACGUCGCGCUCCUAAUAAGAAAGAUCCAUAUGAUCCCGCCCACAUCAAGAGGGAACGUAUCGCCAUCGAAUUCAAGGGGCAAGAAUACUUUGAAUCGCUCGAGUAUCCACAGUCAAAAGAAAUGAUAGCGCUCGUGGAUGCCAGCGACCGCGCGAAGGCGACGAAAUCCGGCUCAAUGCCAUCGUCCGCAACGAAGAAGUCUGCUACGGUCAAGAAUCUGCCCUCAACCUCUCGCGGAGCGAAGACGAAUGUACAGGAGCCGGCUCCUCUACGUCCUAUACCCACCCUAGGGCCAGAUUCCUACAUAGCUUUCUUCGUCAACGGCGAAAGCCAAGGCGUUGCAUUUCAGGAUAUUUUUGACUAUCUUCCAUUACGGUCACCUCCUAAUAAGCAGGAAAAGCAGAAGAAGGCGAACAAAGACGGGUUGCGGGAACACAAGGAGAACCCAUUUGACGAUGGCACUCUUGGGUAUUACCCUUUCAUCUCUUUGUUCAACGAGGCAAGGGUACGCAUAAAUCCUGGACCUGACUUCGAGUUCCCUCCACCACCGGACAUCGACGCUGCUGUCUCAUCCGUAGAUGGGAACGAGGCCGAUAUUAAGCCGCUCUCAUCUCAGAACUCACGGACCUGGCGCCCAUUGUGCGAACGAUACCCAGAAUUCUUUGUGGAGCAGAAGGCAUUGGAUAGUCUCGAAGAGAAGGAGGCGCGCCAAGCGGCACAGAAAAACUCAGAACAGGAUAAGGCAGCAGCCGACAAAGCAGAGGCACAGAAGGCCAGGCGCAGGGCGCAGGCGGCAGCACGUAAGGAAAAGAAGGCCAAGCAAGUUCGAGAGGAAACUGAGGCUAAGCGCAAGAAAAUAGACGAAUUGCAGGCUAUGCGCAAGAGCUCGGCGACGCCCAGCAUGCUCACAUUCGAGGAGGGCAUGAGUUGGGGUGCUGCUUCUCCCAGCAUGCAGUCCUUGCCUGACACGUACACUGCAAGCGGCCCGUACUCUCCUGCACCCACCGUGGCAUCAAGCGUUGACCUUCAUGGGCUUGCGUCUCGUAAUGACUCUAGCGCGUAUAAUUCCGAGUACGAAGAAGAGGAACGAGAGGGUCAGCCGAAUGCGGAUAGCUUACAACAUGGCGAUAGCAUGGGUUAUUCUCUGGGUGAAUCUAUAUAUGUGUAUCGAGGCGUCUCUGACGCACCGGGAAUACCAUGA